AUGUCCCGGGAUAAAGAAGCUUUACUUACUAUUCUUCCUGUUGAUAUCGUUGAUAAGAUCAUAGCUAGUCCUUUGCCUUUGUAUCCUACUCAGGAUGAGUUUGUUUGGGGCCCUUCUGGUUCAGAUACUUUCACUGUUAAAAGUGCUUCUUGGCUUCAAUCUCAACAGGUUCAUGCUCACUCUAAAGCUUCCUUGCUAAAUGAAAUGUGGAAGUUAAAUUUACAUCCCAAAGUUAUGAUAUUUGCUUGGAUUUUGAUUAGAAAUCGUUUACGAACAAGAGAUAAGCUUUCUACUUACAAUCAUAAUAUUUCUCCCCUUUGUCCUUUUUGUACUAAUUCUCCAGAAACUGUUGACCAUCUUUUUAUGCAGUGUCCUUUCUCUCAUCAGGUUUGGACUUUGACUCAUUUUUCUAAUCCUCUUCAAUGGAAUGACUCUUUUAUUUCUUGGAAUCGGUUAAUCUUUCAGCGAUUAGUUCCUUCCCCUAAUAAAACCUUGUUUGGGGGUGUUAUGAUGGGAACUAAUUACUGUCAGGCUAACCCUAAGAAUAGUCAACCUAAGUUGUCGAAGUAUUUUCAGGUGAAAUGGCAACCUCCUAAUUCAGAGCAAGUGAAAUUAAAUUUUGAUGGUUUCGUUAGGAAUGGUUCAGCUACUAUUGGUUUUGUUAUUUGGAAUUCAGAUGGAAAUCCUUUGGUUGUAGCUAACAAAAGAUUAGGUCAUUCUAGUGUUCUCAUUGCAGAGGCAAUUGCUCUCAGAGAUGGUUUACAUACUGUCUUACUUCAUCAUUAUCCUAAUAUCUCUGUUGAGGGGGAUUCGAAGCUAGCUACUGAUCGAUUGCAUUCAAGGCAAAACUACUGUACCUUGGAGAAUUAA